UAGUCUGCAGUUUUGUUUUCCUCAAAGGUCUCUCAUGUCAAUGAUUCGCAAGAGGUCUCACUCCAACACCAAUGUGAGCAAGAAGGAGAAACCACCUCAGCAGGAGUCAGGUGAAGAAGUUACAGAUCUGAAGAGACAAGCUGUUGAAGAGAUGAUGGACAGAAUUAAGAAGGGAGUUCAUCUCAGACCAGUCAACCAGUCAAGCAGACCAAAAACAAAGCCAGAAACACCAAAGCCCUCUGAAAGUGCAAUGAAAGAAUUAAAAGGGAUCCUGGAAACACUGAACAAAUCCACUAGUUCCCGAAGCCUGAAGUCCCUCGAAACAGACAGUGGUGAAACAGAGCUAGAACGAGUUCUGCGACGUCGGAAAGUGACUACGGACCAGGACAGUGGCAAUCCCACUGGAAUCUUGGCCACGUCAGAAUCCAAAUCUCUGCCUGUGUUAGGUUCAGAAGCCAGUGGUGUACAAACAGCACUGAAGAAGAAAGAUUUGGAGACAGAAUUCAGUUCCAAAGUACCCGAUUCAGGUCCUGUUUCCAACCAGCUGAAAGGUGUCACAGAUUCCAAAGCUAUGUUACAAUCACCGAGUCAUACGGAAUUUUCAAGAAAAGCUUCUACUAGUGAAAAAGAGACAGAAUCUGUUGUAGUGUUAGAUCCCGUGUCCACCAGUGGAGAUCAGAUGGCUGCAAACACACUCAGUCAGAACAAAACAAAGGAAGAAAAAAGCAAGUCGCUGCAUAAAGAAAGUAACGUUGAGAAAAUAAGAGAGACAGACAGUUCUAACUGCUAAUCCCCAUUCUGAAAGGCUCUAACUUUUGGGAGUCAUGUUGAUUGCUUAGGUGUGGUACUGGGGGCUACAGUCUGCAUUCCAAACAGUUUUCAGUAAUACAGAUUGAAAUGGUCUUUUGUAUGCAGUUUUGUUACGUGCAUUAGUGUUAAAUAAUUAUAUAUCAUCAAAAUCCCUUUCCCUUUUUAGUUUUGCAGGUGUGGUUGAUAUUUCCUUAGAUAUGGACGGUUACCUUACUUUUCUUUAAACUGCAUUUGAAAAGGCUUUUUCAAUUAUUCCUUUAUUGAGAAGCUGCUCUGUUAAAGGUCCAGAAGCCCCUUGUGUCCCUGUUGAGUUUGGGACAGAGCGGGUGACUGCACUCACCUCAGCUUUAGUAUGGGGGUAUUUUGAUAAUUAAAAAAACAAAACAAAACAAUUUUUAGACACGUUGCUUUAAAAAUAUUUUGAUAUCUACUUUAAAAAAAAAAGUUUUGUAGAUCUGCUCACAGCUGCCUCCAUGCAGGCCAUUUGGAUGACACGGAAAGCACAAAAUGUAACAUUUCUGUUCUAGUUUCCCCAGCAGACAGCAAGCCCGGAGAUGGAGGCAGCACAGCGUGCAGUUUUGGUACCAUGCCUUCUGGUAAUGAUAGUGCCAGAAGUCCGUGGGUAGAGAGCGGUGCUCUCUUCUGGAUUAACACCUCUUCAAAUGAGGAUUUAUCUCCCGGUUUCUCUUUCAGUCUUAUGUAGCAGUUUGGUACAAUGUAGCUGAAGUCUGCCUGUGCUGCUGCAAGAAUGAGUUGUUGUGGGCUUCUUGGAAUUCCUACAUUUGGGAUUCAGCCAUUCUAGCAUUGCAAGUCAUUUGGAGUCAACAUUCAGAGAACUCCCAGGUGAAACCCUGUAGCAUCAACAAAGAAUCCUUUGCUUUGAUCCUAAUACAGAGCAGGGACAUCAAGUUCUCUUCUAGGUAACACUGUAGAUUCCUCUGUUUGGUAACAGGGCUCCCAGUUUCCCUCAGCCCUUAUUUCCUAUGAAGAUAGCCAGAUUGGUGCAUAGUUGAUUUGCUGCACUGCCAGUUCACAUUCCACUGUAGCUUCUUUUUAAAUCCAACAGGGUAUUUCAUUCUGUUAUAAUGAACAAACAAAUGUAAUCAGGGAACAAAUGCAAACCUAAGGAAGAUCGGUGUAACUGAAAUGGCGUGGUCACGUACCUGAAUGCACUUGGGUUAUUUUUUAUUUAAUGAUUUGAAACAGUGAUAGUAUUGAAGGAUGACUGUUCUGAGUUUGUUAGUUUGGCUCUGCAUGCAACUGUCUGGUGCUUUUUCUCCAAAUAAAGUGAUAGUAGCGAGUGUGGUGGUUUCACAUCUUUUCUGGUGUUUUUGCAUGUUUGCUAAGAUAAUCUUGGAUUUGAUCUAAUUACUGAACUGUGUUUAAUUCCUAAAACUGGGGAAAUUUGUCUCUCCUUAUUUGAUACUUUGCUUUCUGGAGGGUAGUGGUGGUUUUGGUGGUUAAUUUUUCACUUACAUAUCUGUUACACUGAAUACAAAAUGCAAUGUUUUAUAUGUGUAUUUUUCCUUGAAUUAUUACUGCUGUAUUAUAUAUGUUUAAAUUUUCAAAUUUAAAAAAGAAACAGAAGUUAAAAAAAUACUUCUUUUAUGUGAACUCUUUGUUACCUACAAGAUAAAUAAUUUAUUUAUCUUUUCACUGUUGCUUAUUAAAAAGACUACUGACAAGUUUCCCA